AUGAUUGUCGAAAGGUUGGUGAUGCAGUGCAAUAGAAGAGAGAGACUCAGCGUAGAAGGCAGGUUUUUUGCCAGCAGCCAUGGUUUUCUGCCGGAUGCGUUGUUUUCAAGUCGAAGCCAUGUCAAGCUGCGCAGGUUGCAACACAAGGGGCCGUCACGAUGUUGGCCAUCAGUCUCACCUUGCCCUCACUCCGCGACCGAACUACCCACGAACCGACAACUUCAUCAUCGACAAGGCCUCAGCACUCAUCCCCUUCUCGAGGACUUUGGCGACACUCUUUGCAACAGCAAGAUGGCUUCUGUUCCUCCUAAUAGCCCGGCAGUUCACCCGUCUACCACUACCGCGCCGUUGAUUCCAGAUCAAACUGUCCCAAACGUGUUUAUAUCGGAUAUUCUCACUGCUCGCGCUGUUACGAGCCCAAACUGGGCUGCACCAAAUCGUCCUAAGAUCCGCUAUGUCUUGUCCGUAGUCGACAGUCCUGAAAAACAGCCAAAAUUGACUCCGGGACAUGAAAGCGACUUUGUUCUCCAUUUUGUACGCAUGCUUGACCACGCCAACAUGGAUAUCCUCGAGCUUCUCUCAGAAACGAACAAAUUCAUCAAAGACGGUCUUGCCAACAACGACGGCGGUGUUCUUGUCCAUUGUCACAAAGGAAUCUCUCGAUCAGCAGCUGUCAUCAUUGCAUUCGUAAUGCAGGACAUGAAUCUCGACUACGACACAGCCUUGCGCUACAUCCGCACUUUCCGAUCAAAGGUCAAUCCAAAUCCGGGCUUCAAGGCCCAGUUAGAGCUGUGGCGCCAAUGGGGCUACAGCAUUUACGAGGCCAAUGGUGAGCCAAAGGAGGAAUACCAGAUCUGGAAGGCCAACAAUGAAGAGCAAAUUCGGGGCUUGCCUGAGCGCACCAAGAAGUACUUUGUCUGA